AUGGAAUUUGAAUCCCUUACAGCGGCAUCAGGGGGCACUGUUGAACUUCUGGAGUUCAGCUGGCCCCUUCUGGGAGACGAGGAGGUCCGUUCGGCCGCCUCGUACGUAGUGCUUCUGAGGCCGGGGGGUUUCUUACUGUGCCUGCCCGAAGGCUUCCUUGACGAGUCUGAGCUGGGCCCGCCUGAGAGUGCUGGCGACGAUCCGGACCUUCCGGGGCUUAGAACCACCAUUUCUGCAUCGCCCAUAGCUCUGUCAGCCACCGGAGAAUGGACUGCCGUUGCGGACCCUUCACCCAUCAGGGCCAUGCUUGUGGACCUCCCGGCAAGUUAUGCGCUAGCGUUGGGGGCAUUGGACUCGGACUCCUUCAGUGGACAGGGUUUCGGGGAGGACCCUUCAGUGUUCCCUCUUGCUUCGGAUGUUUUGGGCCAAGCUCAGACCUGGAUACUUUCAGUCGGUGGGGCAGCUUCUGGCUACCAAACAGCUGUUUCCGAGGAGGAUGUGCCGCCGAAGCAGCCCCCCAAGAAGGCUCAAGGCGCGAAGCCCAAGAGGUUGACACUUGCCCAGCUUGCUUCCCAGCAGUCGUCCAUGAUGGACGUCAUGUCAAAGCUCGUCCAGGAAAUUGCGGCGAUUCGCCAGGAGGCAAAGCAGGGCUCCGGCGGCGUGGAACAGCCAAGACCAGCCACGACUGGCGUCCCCCCAGGCAAGAAUGCUGUGGACCUGGCCGCGCCACUAUCUUCCUUGAUGCCGCCCUACCAGGGCGCUCCCAAGUCCCUUGCCCAUCUCCUUGGCCCUCCGCCGAACGCACGAAGGCAGCCGCCGGCAGCCCCAACCCAGGUGGAUCUCGAUGCCCAGCUGGCCAAUGGCAUUAUCGAAGGCGAGAUGCCCGUCGCAAAGCCCUCCGCCGACCUUGCAGCCGCAGUGCUUGCCCAGUCUCAGGCCUUGAUGUCUCUUGUCGCUCAGCUGUCCCAAGGAGGGGACCCCAUCCUGGACAUGCCAGCUUCCAGCACAUCCGUGAGGGGUUCUGUCAACCGCCAGAGGCUUCAGAGCGAGCUCGCCACACACUCGGGGACGUUUGCGCAAAAGGUCCAGGAGCAGGCCAUGAAGCGCAUGAAUCCGACGGGGCUUCUUCCUCCAGACCAGACAGGCAUGUGCAGGUACUACGAGAGGUUUGGCGGUUUCGCGAGGAACAAAGAGCUUGCGCUGGUGGUGUGGCAAGUCAGUCAGGCUUUCGACUUGCUAAACAAGGGAUCGGUAGAUGGAGCCCGCGACAUACUCUCCCUUCUGCUGGUCUAUUUAGAUCAGGUCAACUUGGAUUCCGGCAAUACGACGAUCGCGUGGCUUUUGUCGCUUCAAAGCGACCCGCCGCAGAGCCUUUUUCAGGAUGCGCCGAAUCUUCCUGGCCAAGGGGGGCAUGCCUUCACUCCGCUGGCCGAACAAAAAUGGCUGACGACCGCGAUCUCCUAUUUGAAAGAGGUCGACACUAUCACGACAAGGCGAGCGGAGCUCAGGUCCAAGAAUCCCAAUCCAUCAAAGAGCCCUCAGCUCCCCAGUCCAGCUCCACCAACAGCUCCUGCAGGCCCCGGCGAUGCAGCCGGAACGAAGAAGGCGCAGCGAGCAGCCGCCUGGGCUGCCAAGAAGGCCGCGGCAGCCGCCAAGGCCGGCGACAAGUGA